AUGGAGAUCUCAAAACCCCAAUCGUUUUUCAAAGACAUCAGAUCACGAGAGCUCAACGGAUUCAGAGUUCGAAAGCGACCGUUUAUCGGCGAUGCGACCUCAGAUUUCCGAGAAAUUGGUGCCGUGGCGGUGGGACACGACGGCGAUGUGACUCCGCCGCUGGCGAUUUCGUUCGGCAAGAGCAGUAAAAGUUCGCACAUCCUUGCCGUUUCCGACGAGGACGGGUACGUGAGCUUGUUUGAUACGCGUCGACAGUUCUCAUCUUCCUCAUCGCACCAGGAAAAUGCAGAAAAAGCUAGGGUUUGCGAAUGGACUUCUCAUAAUAAUGCUGUGUUUGAUGUGUGUUGGGUCAAGGGAGACACCCAAAUUCUGACAGCUUCUGGCGAUCAAACUAUGAAGGUGUGGGAUGUUCAAGAAAAGAAAUGUAUUGCCAUGCUGAUGGGGCACACAGGAAGUGUAAAAUCCAUGUAUCCACAUCCAACUGAUCCGGAGAUUGUUGUCUCUGGGUCAAGGGAUGGCUCUUUUGCUCUUUGGGAUAUGAGAUGUAAUUCAAGCUCAAUAAGUAGGCGUGGCGAACUAUGUAUCAAGUCAAUUGCUCUUGUCAAGGGAGCUCAUCUUUCCCUUCAAGCAAAGCGUGUAAGGCGUGGCAAGACGGCUUCCAUGAGCAUCACAUCGGUUCUUUAUCUCAAAGAUGGGAUUUCUAUUGCUACAGCAGGAGCCGUGGAUAGCAUUGUUAAGUUCUGGGAUACGAGAAACGUGAAGAACGCAGUCACACAGGCACACCCUCAUCAGGACUCAAAUGAGAAGGAAAGAAGAUUGCAUGGUAUAUCUAGCUUGUCUCAAGAUUCUAAUGGGGUGUUUAUUUCAGCCUCGUGCAUGGACAAUAGAAUCUAUUUGUAUAAUCUACUUCAGCUUGAAAAAGGUCCUGUGAAAUCUUUCUCCGGAUGCAGAAUAGAAUCAUUUUUUGUAAAGUCAUCUAUCAGUCCGGAUGCUGCCCACAUACUCAGUGGUUCUAGUGAUGGAAAUGCCUAUAUUUGGAAGGUGAACAAGCCGCAUGAAGAUCCUAUCAAAUUAAAAAACCACGAAGGCGAAGUUACAGCAAUUGAUUGGUGUCUUUAUGAGGACGGGAAGAUCACAACUUCUUCAGACGAUUUUACGGUUCGCGUUUGGAACUCUCAGAGCAGUUACUGCUCAAACACGAGGUGCCCAUCUGCCGUCCGAAGGAGAGUAAUGGCAAUCCCAGGUGAAGAAUGUAGAAAGCUUCUAAUGAAAGAACCGAAGCAUCUAAGGAAGGAUUCUAGCAGUAUAUUACCAGAAGAUGUAUCAGAUGAGGAGGCCUGCUCAGUGAAUCCAAUCACAAUGCCAAAACUCAGUACCCCUGAAGCCCAGGAGAAAAGAUUUUCUUUAGAUUCCGACUUAAAUGAAGCCUUCGAGAAAACCCCAGAAACUGCAUUGAAGAGCCCAUCUUCUGUUUUGAACCCCCCUUCCUCCCUAAAAAGGAAAACAAUCCGUGAUUACUUUCUAGCAGCUAUGUAAAAAGUCGUCUGCUAAUUCCCCUUUUGGAAAUUUUUCUAGUACUGACCCUUAGGAAUUAAUGUGAAAUCUAUAGUGCCCUUUAUGUCCAGUGUUGCCCCUUUUGUUCAGUAGCUUUGCACUUUUCCCAUUCUUUUGACGCUAAUCUUGCUGCUGCCCUCUAUUUUUCAGAAGCAGUGUACAAACUUCUUUAGUGAUGGUUUAUAUUUGAGAUGUACAGGGCUACAAUUGAGGAUUGUUAAUUGAAAUACUAGAUGCUUUUUUGAAUGCUAACGUGUGGCUAUCUGCUUUAUUCAUCAUGAAUUAGUGUAUAUUUCAUCACAUUUUGUAGU